AUGUCUGAGAAGUCGCCUCGUACGGUCCACAAGAUAGCCUUGGUUGUUUUGUGCGCAGCAAUAGUUGCCUCGCUGGUAUAUUUUGAUUGGUUCCGACGGCCACCUUCUUGCACAACGUCAUCAUCCGGGGGCACGACCAGAGAGCAGACUUUCAGACGCAGCGACGAUGACUUCGCGUUCAGAGCAAGAAGAAUCAGGAAAGUGUGUCGCACGCACCAGGCAACCUUGGCGGAUCACAACAGACGCUUUCUCAACCGCAACGUCAGCUGCGAGCAGCCCGUGUUCGCCAACAACCGAGAAUGUACCUUCAUCAUCGACCCCGCAAGGAAAGUCGGCUACUGCUUCAUCAGCAAAGUUGCAUCCACCACAAUCCAGACCCUUUUCGGGCAUCUGCUCAACAUCAGCCACAUGGGAAACACACUUGAAAGCAUACACGGGGCCUUUCAUGAGAAAGUCCACACAGUCUCACCCAUGACGUUUCUACAGAGGAGCAGCCAGGAGAGCUACACAACCGCCAUGUUCGUGAGGCACCCCUUCGAGAGGCUAGUACCCGCUUACGUGGACAAGGUGAUAAGACCACGUGGUGGCAGGGUCUAUUUUUAUGGACGAUACUUUAACGACGUGCCUGGCGUCAAGGAAACGGGCCGGAACUUGACCUUCCCGGAGUUCGUCGAUUAUAUACUGAAUCAGUCGGUGAACGAGAUGAACUCUCAUUGGACUCCGUACUACGUGACGUGCCAGCCUUGUGCCGUCAAGUACGAGGUCGUUGGAAAGCUGGAGACAGGAAACAGGGACUUGGCGCUCUUCUUUGAAGCGCUGGGUGUUCGGCUCGAGGAUAUUCCGCAGAAAAACAAGGGUGGCCACCACGGGUUCCGCAAGGCUGCCCGAGACUUUUUUAACGAGCUCACUUCCGACCAGGUGAUGCGUUUAUAUGAGCGCUUCUUCUUCGACUUCGAGAUGUUCGGGUACGACUUCAGGGACUAUCUGCGCUAA